AUGCAUGAUUUUGACGCACAACGGUUGUACUUGUACUUUACUGCUUCCACCAUGUCAGACGUAGAAUACCUCAGGAGCCAGCUCAUCGCUCACCCCGACUUCCCAAAGAAAGGCAUUGUCUUCUUGGACAUUUUCCCCCUCCUCCGUAACCCUCUAGCCUUCGAGACGCUCAUCACGCACUUCCUUCACCGAAUCACCUCUCAUACUAUCCCUAAAUCCUCAUCGAAAAAGAUCGACGUCAUCGUUGGCUUAGAUGCCCGUGGAUUUCUUUUAGGCCCUAUACUCGCCCUUCGAUUGGGUGCCGCAUUCGUUCCCGUCCGCAAGAAGGGAAAAUUGCCUGGACAAUGUGUUUCCGCGACAUAUGAGAAAGAAUACGGAAGCGACGUCUUUGAGAUGCAAGCAGACGCGAUUAAAUCAGGACAAUCGAUAGUGAUUGUCGACGAUUUAAUUGCUACAGGUGGUUCUGCAAAAGCCGCUGGAGAGCUUGUCGCCAAACAAGGAGGAAAGACACUAGAAUAUCUUUUUAUCAUUGAACUCAUGUUCUUGAAGGGGGGGGAGAACCUAGACGCACCUGUCUAUUCCAUCGUUCAAUCCGAUGACUGA